CAACAUUUAAAGGGGGUUUUAUGUAUGUAUGUAUGUAAAUGUAGAGGCUCUUCCAAGUUUGCUGCAAAAAUCACUUAUCAAUUCUUUAAAAAAAAUGUUUUGUUCUGUAAAGUCGAUAAAUAGUAACAAUAACAACAAUAAAUUUUUAGCAAAGCUGGGGAGGUAAUGAAAAGAAAUACAGUAAAAAAUUUGUUAGAUUUUUGUUGAAUAAAAGAUAUAGAUAUAGAUAGAUAUAGAAAGAGAGUUGGGGGUGGAUAUUAUGUUUAGAAGCAACAAUAUAACUGCAAGGUUAUUUGAGCGUCAGAUUCACACUCCUGCUCCUGGUACCACUGUUCACCGAGCCAGAAGGUUUUAUGAAAAUAUAGUUCCAGGAUCCACAAUAUAUGAUGUUGAAUGUCCUGACCAUUCGUUCCGGAAGUUCACAGAAGAUGGAAAGUACUUAAUAAGCUUCAGUAGAAAUCAUCAGGAUUUGAUUGUCUACAGACCGACGUGGUUAUCGUUUUCUUGCAAACAAGAAGAUUGUGAAACUCAAGAUCUUCCAGUAAAAGCAAAGAAGUUUGAAAGUUUCUUCACUCAAUUGUACUCUGUGCCUCUUGCUACUGCAAGUGAGCUCAUAUGUAAAGACUUCUUCCUUUAUGUGGAGACUAACCAAUUUGGACUCUUUGCAACGUCAACUGCACAAAUCUAUGAUGCCCCUGCUACUGGAGGCGCUAUUCAGGGUGUUCCCUCCAUUGAAAAAAUAACAUUUCAUCUUCUGAGAUUGGAGGAUGGAGCUAUCCUUGAUGCUAGGGUUUUUUGCAAUGAUUACAUCAAUUUAGCACAUAGCAUGGGUGUUUUUUUAUUUGAAGAUUUACUCGCAAUAGUCUCUCUUCGUUAUCAGCAUAUUCACAUACUUCAGAUUAGGGAUUCUGGCAGUCUUGUUGAUGUAAGGGCAAUCGGGGAAUUUUGUCAUGAAGAUGAUGAACUUUUUAUUAAUUCCAGUGCCCAGACCAUUUCAAAUAUUGACAAAAGUCAAUCACAACACAUGCCCAUGAAUCAUGCUAUGAAUGCCCCAAAUCUUGAACCGCCAGCUCAAGAAAACCCUUUCCUGAGUGGUAUAAAGCAAAGAUUGCUUUCUUUUAUAGUCCGGGGGAUACGUAAUGAAGAAACAGAUGAAACUAUGAGAAUUCAAUCCCUUAAGAAGAAGUUUUAUUUUCACUUUCAAGAUUAUGUUGACUUGAUUAUAUGGAAGGUGCAAUUUCUGGACCGGCAUCACUUACUAAUCAAGUUUGGAAGUGUUGAUGGAGCAGUGUCCCGAAAUGCUGAUAACCACCCUGCAUUUUUUGCUGUAUAUAACAUGGAAUCAACAGAAAUUAUUGCCUUUUAUCAGAUGUCCUCGGAUGAGCUCUAUAUGUUGUUUGAACAGUUUUGUGAUCAUUUCCAUGUACCGUCCAAAAAUACCCCAUAUAUGAAUUUUAUAUCCUCUCACUCAAAUAACAUUCAUGCUCUCGAGCAAUUGAGAAGCAGUAAAAAUAAAGCUACAAGCUUUUCUUUGUUUGUUAAGAAAGUGAUGGCCUCUUUGCCAUUUAAUUGUCAGUCUCAGAGUCCUUCACCCUAUUUUGAUCAGUCUCUAUUUAGAUUUGAUGAAAAGCUUAUUUCUGCAGCUGAUCGUCAUAGACAGUCGACUGACCAUCCAAUCAAGUUUAUCUUACGAAGGCCUCCACAUACCCUUAAGUUCAAAAUUAAGCCAGGACCCGAAGCUGGCAUUACAGAUUGCAGGACGAAGAGGAUAUCUUCAUUUCUUUUUCAUCCAGUUUUGCCCCUUGCUCUUUCAGUUCAGCAGACUCUGUUUUUGCAGCCUGCUUUUGUUAAUAUUCACUUCCGUAGAUAGCAAAAUGUGUCAACUACCAGUCUACCAUACAACUGGUGUCAUGAAAACUGCAUUUGUGUACAACAUCUGUAAACAUGUGUCUAGGUCACGUUGAAGAGUGGGUAUAGACUGUGGUUAGCAUCAAGUCGAAUCAACAAGAGAAUCAUUGUUUAGGCCACGAAUCAUUUUGGGAUUAACUCUUAACGGACGGUUACCCAGUCCAAAGAAAUGGUUCUCCAUUUCAGAAGCCUGUCAAGAUAUGUUUUCCCCCAAAGUGGGGAAGGAAGUUGUAUAAGUGUUAAGAGAUUAGACAUUAGAGUAUAAAGAGGCUUAUGUUAUAUUAGGACUUUUUGACUGAUUGGUUCUCAUAUUGUAAUGGUUUUAAACUCGAUUGUCAUUGUUUGAUAAAAGUUCCUAAGCCUUGUUAGGCCCAAUUGUACCUAAUUCAAGGCUUGUAGAUUCCAGUGACGAUCAUUUAUAUUUUAGCUUAUGAGAGAACAUCUCGGUUCUGAGUUGUGAA